AUGGACAAUUCCUCGGGCUCUUCCACCUCUUCACGCCAGCCAUUCGACGGUCCCGGUGCACGCUCAAUUCUCGGAGGCGACUCUGGUCCACCCAACAUGUCCCAGCCACAGUACGCCUCCUCGUCGCGAUCUACACUUCCGCAGGACGAUUCGUCGCGGGAUACGGCCACCGCAUCGCCUCCUCCGCCAGCGCAGAUCAAGCGUGUUGGGGGCAAGGCGAAUGUUUCUUCAGCCUGUGGGCCAUGCAAACGCGCGCACUUGGCGUGCGAUGUAGGACGGCCGUGCAAGAGAUGUAUCAAUAUGGGCAAGCAGGAUCAGUGCGAGGAUGUGCCGCACAAGAAGAGAGGGCGACCAAAGGUUCCCCGGCCCGCUCUCGGAGAGCCAUAUCACCGACCGCCGAGGGCAAACUCGAGCGGCGACAUCGGUGGUGUCGGCAAAUGGCGAGGCCCCCCCGUGUACGAACAGCCCUACAUGUCUGGUCCCGGAUCUUACGGGCCUUCUAUACCUCGGACGGGUCCCAGCUAUGAGAUGGAGUCUUCCCAUCCUGUGCCCAGCCCCUACGAGCAACCGUUCACUCUCUUCACCACCACCGACUUCAAGAUUCUUCGUGCCAGCCCGUCGAGCUUUUCCCUCACCGGCUUCCACCCCAAUGACUUUGUGAAUCUCAAUUUGCUCGAUUGGAUUCAUCCUCAUGACAAACACUUGAUCGACAUGGAGCGGAACAGGUUGUUGUCGGUGGUGCCCUACGGGGAGACGCCGUUGACUUCUCUGGAUGUGACUCAGGCUGCCAUUGCCCAGAUGAGCGAAUUGGAGCUCCUCUCUCCUGCAGAGGGUAUGCGAGAGCCAUAUCCCAACAAGAACCUCCGAGUAGCCCAUGCCGACGGCGGCUUCAGCCCCUUCAACGUUCGUCUCCAUCUCGGCGGCGGUUUCGGCGCCAAUCUCUGGAAACCUGCCACCCUCGCCCGAGUCUACCUCGUCGUUUCCUUCCUGGCCAUCCCCCGUCCACCCAGCUAUGCCCCUGCCCAAGAUAUCCCACCCCCCAAUCGCCGGGCAUCUCAAGCCGGUCCUCUCACUCCUCUCACACCCAUCCCUAAUGUGCCUUCAGCUACCGCACCCGGCCCUUUACCGAGCUUCUCUUCCAUCGCCGCUGGUGUUGAACCUCCCCCACAAUCACGGUACGACCAGCCCCCUCCCCAACAAGCAUACUACCCCCCUCCCCCUCCUGCUUCCAUGCCCCGACCCGGUUCCUCUCAAUCCUACUCUCCCUACGGCCGCCCGGGUGUGCCCAUGCCGCCGGCAGGUUACACUUCGUCCCGGCGGACACCAUCCCCUCCAGGACCACCUUCGGCUUAUCGUACGCCGCAGACGGCUGGGUAUCCGCCGCCCCCACCGGUGGGAAUGGGGCAAGAGUAUGGGAUGCCGGCGUACGGGUAUCCUCCUGCGCCUGUGCAGGGUAUGCAAGGCCCGCCACCUCCGGGCUUGCCGCCGCCUGGUGCAGAUUAUAGACGGGGGAGUCACGAUGAAUGGAGGGGAGCGUACGCUACUGAUGGGAGAGAUGGAUCAGGUCCCAGUGGGUCGUCCAUCUCGGACGGGUCGAGAAGGGCUUGGGAAUUGUAA